AUGGAGAAGAUGCAGGAAGAAUAUGAAAAUGCUGUUCGAAACAAAAGAUGGGAUAAAAAUCAAGAAUGUUAUGUCAACAAAGAAGGUGAACCUGUUGUUCCCAGAAGUGACAUAAUUCAUGAUGAUGUUCUUCUAGUAAUUCCACGAUCCGGCGAAUAUUAUUCAAAUGUUGCAAAAGACAAGACAUAUGUAAAAAGGCUAGAUAAAAUCAUCAGGAAUGCUUUGACAACAAAUCUGAGGAAGAGGAAUGAAGAAAGAAUGAAGAAGAAUAUUGAGAAUCUGGUUGAUGAUCUGAAGAAGGUUGCUAAGGAGGUCAAGGUAGAAGAAGUGAAGAUUCUUGAAAAAGAUGCUGCUGAAGAAGAACAGAAAAAGGAAGAAGAUGAGAAGGUAGCUGAGCAAGAAAAGCUGGAAGAGAAGGUAGUUGAGAAAGAAAAGGCUGUUAUUGAAGAGCAGCAAGUUGAAGAAGUUACGAAGAAGAUGGAAAGUUCGGUAGAAGUGAGAGUUGAAAGAUCAGCAGAUGUUGUUGGUGAUGCUGGUAAUGGUGAAGAAAAGAAGAGUGAAGCUGAUCAGAAACAGACAGAAGCAAACACCGAGGUGCCAAUCACUGAGGUGCUCAACAAAUCCGAAGAUUGUGAGAAUGGAAGUUGGAGCAGCAUGGCACAACGAGAGGAGGAGGCUGUUGAACCUUGUGUUGGUUGA